AUGUAUAUGGGAAGGUAUACCUACUCUGUAGAAGUGGGAAUUGGAAGGAGCGAGUUGCGAUCCCCACACUACCCUGCCCAAGCCGCAUGCCCCCUCCCCGAUACUGAGUCCUCGACUCCCCGUACUAAUAGCAAACGUUGUCGGUGCAUCAGGUUGUUGGGAGGCAUUGCUGGUGCUCGUGUCUUGGCUCGCUUGAUGGACGUGGACGUGGUGGGGGUACUCGCGUUCGGGCUGGUGUUCGUGUUUGGUUCACGGUCGCAUUUGGGCUGGCGUCCGUGUUUGGGUGGAUUUCCCGUUGUGUCCGCUGAUAUGGGGUGUGUGAGGCGGGGCCUGCAGGGAAGGGAGCGGGGGUGGAGGAUAGGUGGAAUCGUCGAUGGAGCUAUUGGCGGUUCGUUGAUCGUCGUGGGCCCGUGGCUGUUUGUUGAAGGUGGUGGUGGUCAUGGCGGGCACUCGUGGCUGUUCAUCGAUCGUGGUGAUGAGCUCCCGUGGCCGUUCGUCGAUCGUGGUUGUGGGUGGUCGUCCAUUCAUCGAUCCUGGUGGUGGGCCCUCGUCGAUGGUGGUGAUGCGCCCUCGUGGCCGUUCGUCGAUCCUGGUGGAGAGCCCCGUGGACGUUAUGUCGAGGAUGAGCCUUAUCCCCUUUCGGGGAGUGUGACGCUCGUAUUUCAGGGCGACAACAUGAUGGGUCAAGAGCUUCCAAUGGUCAACGAUGUCAGAAAGGCCGUUGAGCACGAUAGUUUACACAGUAAGCUUAAGACGGACAUCUACGCCCAGCCGCAACGUCGCCACUGGGAAAAGUAG